AUGGUUGAAUUUAUCCCUCCUCCUGACCCUCGCACUCUACUGCCUCCGCUACUCGCCUGCCUUCCAACGGCGUUUGUCUCCCCGCAACCCCCACCAGCUCUACUUCCGCUGCUCGCACCAAUCCUGCGCCAGAGAGUCCAGAUCCUUAGUUCGGUGGGUGCAUCGCCAACAGAAUCAUGGCUUCGUUUACUAUGCUGGGAUGCUGGAAAAGCAGAGCGACUUCAAUCGUUGGUCGAUGGGGCCAACUUUGAGCCUCAUCCGGUGUCCGGGGAGAUCGACUUGCCUGACGAUAUCCCGGUGACCUACAGACGGGUGGAUGAGGAAACUCUUCAAUCUCGUGUUCUUGUAACGGAUUAUGAGCUGAAGGUUGUGUAUCUAUGGUGCCCCAAGGAGGCGGAGCCACGCUGGCGGGUUGCGGAAGUGCUUCCUCACGAGGGACUGGGAGAAGAUGACAAUGCUUGGUCCAUUUCUGUCGGAGACGCAAAUGCGCGCGAGAAGGAGAAGCUGGUGGAAGAUGCUUUGGAGGCAGCGGAGAACAAUGAGAGGGCAGCACCGCCCCAGGAAGAAGAGGACGAUGACGAUGACUACUGGGCUCGAUACGAUGCUACACCUGGACGCACACCUUCAGCGAAGAACGCACCUCCAGCUCCAUUGACAUCUACUCUGCAACAGCAGGGCCCGGGCCCAUCAGAGUCUUCUUACUUUUCCCGAUAUGCGGAUGUGCAACCCGCCUUGGACAGCCAUGACCCAGAUGAAGAGCACCCGGAGCUCGGGCCAACUUCGCUUGGCGGAGAUAUACUUGCGGAGCUUGCCAACCGGAGCACGGAAAAUGGGGAGUCGGCGUCUUACGAACACACGAGCCAGACGAACGGGAUGCCGUUGAACCAUCCCCGACCGGAAUCUGCGUCGUCUUCGAACUCGGUAUCAAAACUUGAGCAAGAAGCAGAAAGUCAGUCGACAUACGAAAUAGGCGUGAAGCAGCACAUUAGUUCAAAUAUCAAGAGCUUAUUCCGCCUCGCCAAAGCGACCGGGGUAUCUCGAGCUGAUUUUCAAUCGUUGGUCCAGACGGAGCUGGAUCUCUUGAAUUUGUCCGACGAUGAUUGA